GGAACAAUACACGCCAUUUAUCAAUGUAUUUGGAUGUGGCAGAUGCUGCAUCAUUGCCUUAUGGUUGGAGUAGAGAUGCUCAAUUUAGCUUAGCUGUUCUUAAUCAAAUUCAUGACGAGUUCACAGUGAGAAAAGAGACUCAACACCAUUUUAAUGGCAGAGAGAGGGACUGGGGUUUCACAACUUUCAUGCCUCUUACUGAACUUAAUGAUCCUGGAAGAGGUUAUCGUGUGGAUGAUAAAGUCGUACUUCAAGCUAAUGUUACCGUGUCUAAAAGUCAUUGAUUGCUGAAUUUCUAUGUAAGGAUCUAUGCAUUACCAGUGUCGAGAAAUUCAUUUCUCCACUAAACAUUUACUAAUUUGUUAAAUUUACCGUCGUUUCUUAGUAGUAGCUAUUUAGACAAGCUUCUAUGCAAUUCAUAAAAUCACACCAAUCCUUUUUUGUU